AUGGGCGGACUCGAGAUUGAUAUCCUCAAUGAGCUUGGGCUUCGUGCAGGCUUCACCUACAGCAUGGUGAUACAUGACUGGUCCAACAUCACCAGCUUCAAGAAAGCUCUUGCCGAACGGAUCAUGUUGCAAGAUAUGAUCACCUAUGCCUACUGGUUCAUCACUCCGGGCCGCAUGGGCAUCGGAGCAUAUAGCCCCUACGGCUUCCUGGAGGCGAUGCUCUUCGCUGUGGUGGUGCCGAAGGAGAAAAGCAUGUUCUCCUUCGACGAGAUUUUCUCCUUCCUCACGCCGUUCAGCCCAGCCGUGUGGUUUUGCUUUCUUGGCUUGAUGAUUGGAACAGGCUUGAUGUACCGAUUUCUGGAAACCUCCAAUGACGAGGAUUUCCCGGAAGGCAGAGGACUCUUUGACAUCCGGAAUUUCUUGGAUUCUAUCUUCAAGUCCUCGGGGCAUAUCACGGGUGCUUCGGGCUUCGCGCCCAAAACUUGGCCUGGAAAGGUUCUUCUGAUGUCUUGGACCUGGUGCAUCGUUUUGACCCUGUCAGCCUACACGGCGAACUUGGCAUCCUUCCUAGUGAUGAAAGCUGAAAAUGCUGCUGGCUUCUCAAGCUUAACGUCUGCGGUGCAGCAGAUGAAGAAGGUGUCAGUCGAACGAGGGGGGACCAGUGGAAACAUGGUUCCAAAACAACUAUCCGGACUACCCGGAGCUGCAAUCCGUUCCAUUGGUGCCAGAAGAACGUGCUCUGAAACUGACGAAUCAAGAGCACGACACCGGGAUUUUCGCCAAGUUUGA